AUGACUGCCACGGCGAAUUCUGGAAACACUAGAAAAGUCACGUUUAUUUUGGUGGUUGAAUCAGCCCAGGACAGCAACGGCUCUAGCGUCUCAAUUCGUUAUCAAGAACCAAAUCGAUCGACCCGUGAGGAAAUCGAGUGGGAAUUCAAUGACAAGGCAAUUAUAGCCAUACUCGUGUUUAUAGCGGUGUCUUUGGUUAUUUCAUUCAUCAUCACUUUUAAUUCAGUUGACUAA